AUGCCGGAGGAUCAAGUGGGUGAAGACGAGCAACUCAUGAGCAACCUUUUCCAAAGUCAACACCCGGAUUACGCAUCCCCCACCGCCGCCCCCGAGGUCCACAAGACAUCAGACAUUCAAGCGACUGUCAUCUCUCGAUGGCAGUCGGAGAUCACCUUUGAGAUCUCGGCUACCACCACUGUGGGUGCUGGUGUGCCCCCCACCCCUCUACAGUUCCAAGCCGAUUGA